GCCACAUCUUCUGUAUAGUUUCUCGUCGUAUAUGCCUGCUGCAUACAUCCAAAGAGUUACGCCCAAAUCAUUACAAUGAGACGUUCUCAACAAGGAAUAGGUUCUGAUCUGCUUUUUCUGGCACUUUCUGUGACUUAUCAAAUUCUACCAUCAGCCCAGGCAUUCCCAAUAGACUGCCAAAAGAACACUGCAGUCUGUUUGGAAGAAAUAAUGAAGGAAGUCACCCAAGUUCGAUUUGAGGUUAAAAUUCUCACGGAGAACAAAACAUUGGCGAGACCUAAGAACUGUGUUGAGCUCUACCAUUCCGGUCAAAGGAUCAGCGGUGUUUAUACAAUCGACCCAGAUGGCUCAGGCGCCUUUAAUGUGUAUUGUGACCAAACUACUUCUGGUGGGGGGUGGACAGUCUUCCAGAAGAGAAUGGAUGGCUCUGUUGAUUUUAAUCGCACCUGGAAAGACUACAUACAUGGCUUCGGUAACUUGGUCGGUGAAUUUUGGCUCGGACUGGACAAGAUAAAUCGUCUGACACAAAACAAGACAAAGAACAUGCUUCGAGUAGAUCUGGGGGUAACUACUCGCCAAACUGUUCACGCUGAGUAUGAAUGGUUUGGAAUUGGGAACGGGACUACUGACUACCGGCUGUACAUCGGCAAUAUGACAAGAGAUGCAACUGUUUCCUCUGAUUCCCUCAAUCCUCACAAAGAUCUCAAUUUUGGUACCUGGGAUAGGGAUCCUGCUAAUUGUACACUGAAAAGAGGCGGAGGCUGGUGGUAUGGCAGAAGUAGUAAUUGUGCUGUUUCUUCGAAUCUCAACGGAAUUUAUCCGCAUUGUCGAAAUGAAACCUGGGCCGAUAUCCAUUGGAGAGAAUUAGACCCAAACAAUCCCAAGGGCAACGCCCCCACAUCAACUGAAAUGAAAAUUAGACCAGUGGAUUUUUUUUAAAAACUUUCUGACGAUAAAGUGUUCACGUAAAUAGUGAUUUCUGCGUCUUCUGCUCGAUCGACUUCGCUGUUAUUAAAAUUGUGAUUGGCAGAUUAAUGAUCGAGUGGCCUUCCUUGAAUUUGCAUGAAUUCCACCGGAGAAACAUCAUCGUUAACUGUUUCCUUCGUGACCAGGCAUCAAGUGCAGUAAUUUUUAACGGCAAGACAAAAAAGAUCUGUAUUUUUUCCAACGCCUUUUAAUUUUAGAGGUUAAAAUGUUUAGAAUAUACAGAAUAGAAAAAAUGACAAAAUCAUGGACUCGACCAUAUAUAGUCGGUCAAAUGCGAUUUUAGAAAAUAAUUUU